AUGUCCUUGACCAACGUAUACCACCUGCGCCGAGUCGCAGAUACAUCCGCCAAAUCAUGUUUAAUCUGCUACAAGCCAUCAACAAGCGUGUUGAUAACGCCUGAUAACAAGGCAAGUCCGCCCCAGGCUGAUUUCUUCUACGUGUGCCCCGCACACUUGCAAGACCGCCACUUCUGCUCCGCUAUUGUUGACACAGAAGGUGACUUGAAGCGCCAAAAGGAAGAAGCAAUGGCCAAAGAAAUUGAAAAGGUCAAGCAAGAGUACGAAGAAAAACAGAAACGAAAGAAAGAGAAAGCCAAGGAAUCUAGCAAGGACGACAAAGACAAGGAAAAGGAAAAAGGUGACUCUAAGGAUAAAGAUAAAGCUGAUUCCGACACGAAAACCAGCGAUGAAAAAGAACGAGAUGACAAGAUUGAUUCUAUUAAGAAUGACGGCAAUGAAACCAAAACGGACAAUGGUCCUCGCGUUUUCGCGCUGCAUAAGACUUUCUAUCAGAUGCGCAUUGACAGAUUGCGUGGCAUCGAAAGGGCCAAGAAGAACCAGGAACGAAUGAAGAAUCCGUCUUUGUUUCCAUCCGUUCCGAAUCGCGAGCUCUAG